AUGGCCGACAAGCCCGAGACCGCGACCGAGGAGGCGUUUGCGCCCGUCCCCGUCUCCAAGGAGUCCGCGCAUGUCGAGCGCGUGCUGUCCGACGCCGAGGGCAUGAAGAAGGACCACGUCGACCAGUCGCGCGUCGACAAGGAGAUUGCUGCGUACGCGGGCCAGGAAAUCAUCGAGAUCGAUGAGGCCACCGACAAGCGGCUGCGGCGGAUGAUUGACAAGCGCGUGCUGGUCAUCAUGAUCUGCACGUAUUUCCUGCAGGCCCUCGACAAGGGGACUAUGUCGUUUUCGUCCAUCAUGGGCAUCCGCGAGUAUGCUGGGCUGGAGGAUGGGAAUAAGUACUCCUGGCUCACGACCUGUAUCUACAUCGCCGUCCUGAUCGUCGAGUACCCGACCAACUGGAUCAUCCAGCGCGUCCCGAUCGCAAAGUAUCUCGGCGUUAACAUCAUCCUGUGGGGCGCCGUGCUGGCCCUGCACUCCGCGUGCAAGAACUUCCCUUCGCUCGUGGCCGUCCGCACACUGCUGGGUAUCUUCGAGGCCGUCUGCCAGCCUUCGUUCGUCUUGAUGUCCAGCAUGUGGUAUAAGCGUCAGGAGCAGGCCGAGACCGUGACUUACUGGUACAUGAUGAACGGCAUGCAGCAGAUCGUCGGCGGCCUGCUGGCGUACUGCUUCAGCCUGAUCGGCAACGACCACGACGUCAAGUCCUUCCAGGCCCUCUUCAUGACCUACGGCUGCGCCUCCGUGCUCUGGGGCUUCUUCGUGCUGUGGUGGCUGCCCGACUCCCCCAUGCGCGCCAAGUGCUUCAGCGAGGAAGACAAGCGGCUCAUGGUCGAGCGUGUCCGGGCCAACCAGACCGGGCUGCAGAACAGGAAGUUCCGCGCGUACCAGAUCAAGGAGGCGGCGCUGGACCCUCAGAUCUGGUGCUACUGCGCCGUCCAGAUCUUCACGACCCUGCCCACCAGCGGCCUCGGCGCCUUCGCCAACAUCAUCAUCGCCGGCUUCGAGUUCUCCGUCCUGCAGACCCAGCUGCUCGCCAUGGUGCUGGGCUUCUACAUCAUCAUCGUCCUCCUGACAUCCGCCUACCUCGUCCGCAAGACCGGCCAGAACCUCUACGUCAUGCUGGGCUUCGUUAUCCCCUCCUACAUCGGCACAAUCGUCCUCAUGACCGUCGACAACAAAAACAUGGGCACGAAAGUCGGCCUGCUGAUCUCCUACUACAUCACGCUCUCCUUCUGGUCCGCGCAGACACUGGGGCUGUCCAUGGUCUCGCGCAACAUCGGCGGCGCCACCAAGAAGUCCGCCGCCAUCGCCGCGACCUUCGUCUCCUGGGCCGUCGGCAAUGCCAUCGGCCCCCAGGUCUUCCUGGACCGCGACGCCCCCAAGUACUUCAUUGCCUUCGGCGUGCAUCUGGGCUGCUAUGUGUGCUUGACCAUCUCCGUUAUCUUUUUAAGGUGGUACCUGGCCCAUCAGAAUAGGAAGAAGGAGCGCUUGCUCCGCGAGGCGGGGCUCGAUCCCAACGAGCAGAAUCUGGCGCAUGCGUUUGAGGAUCGCACGGAUCAGGAGAAUCUUUAUUUUAGGUAUAUUUAUUAG